AAGAAACGCUGAUAAUGCCAUUGAAGUCCAAUUCACGCAGUGUAUGAUAUUAUAUCUGACUCGACGAUGCUAUACAUGAAGUGUACUGGGGGGAGGCCACCUCCUGGUGGGUGGCCCAGGACCGGGGCCUCUUGGGCUCACAGCUUGAUCCAGCCCUGCAACUAUGGUACAGAGAAGGAAGAGAAAGAGGUGUACCACAAUGGCAACUCAGACCCCAGAGGUUUUGGCCACAUAGGCAUUGUCGUCCCUGAUGUGUACAAAGCCUGUGAAAGAUUUGAAAAGCUUGGGGUGCCUUUCAUCAAGAAACCUGAUGGAGGAAAAAUGAAAGGUUUGGCUUUCAUUCAGGAUCCCGACGGCUACUGGAUUGAGAUUUUGAACCCCAAAUUUUAAUCUUGUUAAAGAUGGACCCAUACAUUUACUAGAAAGGGAGUUGUCAACUGAUGGACUCACCAGUAUGAGAACAGUGGGCAUUCUAAACAUAUGUGAUGGAGCAUUUAAGGAUGUUUUUGCGUUACUGGACUCAUACCAUGUUGUGACAGACAAAUGGAGAAAUGUGAAAGAAACUCCCAAGUUAAGUUAUAUAUCGGUAAUGACUUUGCCAAACAUUUCCUGUUGAAACAGUUUGUCGCUGUAAUGUAUAACACAUCACUGUUAAAAAGAGUUUUCCGUAAAGGCAAAAUGAAAUAUUAUUGUAAAUGUUGUGAUCUUUAUUUUUUUUUCGCACUGAGGUCGUUUCAGUUUUUUUUUCCCCUCAGAAAAUUUCGAACACGGCAGUACAAAGUACAAUACGGAUCCAGCUUUUCCGUUCUAAAACAGACACACGAGUCUGCGUAAAUUAUUACAUUUCUUCUCAUCUUUCGAAAAAACAAAUCAAUAAUGUUCUAACUCUUCAAUAAACCUUACAUGGUUGACAAAAAAUGCUCCCGUGUAGUGUUAACAUUUAAACAUCAAUAUUGUAACUAAAAUACAGACAAGCCAUUUCGUGUUUCCUCUCUAGUCAUGCGACAUUGAUAUUUGAAAUUAAAUAUUACGAUACAAACAUUACUGGAUGCUUUGUGUCAACCUUUGGAAAUGCUGCUGCUGUCUAUGUUUCUGAUGGUUAAAAUCAACAUUUGCAAAAUAUAUAUACGCAUAUAUAUCCUUAAAAUCCAUCUCUUAUUAUCCUGUCAAUACAGAAAGCAUAGAAUAAUAAUAAAGAUCGAUGCAGCCUUUUUUC